AUGGAGGUGGGAUUGGUGCCUACUCUCUUGCUCAAGACUGCACUGGCCUUGCCUAGGUCCUUGGGACCAUGGUCGAAGUUCAUCAAGAUUGGACUCGGGAUCCUAGUGUCCAUGUCUAAUUCCUCGUUUUCCCUCUCCAGUCCACAUCGUCUUCUUCUUCUUCGAUCUUCCCUCUUCUCCGGCGCGAAGGGAGAACGAGAUGGGGAUUCCUCUCGGAGCAUCGACCUGGAGAAGCUCGUCUCCUACAGCGACGACCUCGCCCAGGUCCUCAGGGACGACAAGGACGCCGCCGCCCUCGCCCAGUGCCUCCGCCACUCCGACGCCCUCCGCUCCUCCUGCGACGCCGACCUCGCCGGACUCCGGUCCUCGCUCCUGGAGUAUGAGGAAAAGAUUGAUGCUUGCAAGAAGAAAACUGAAGCAGUGAGAUCUGAAGUUGCUGGAGAUGUGGAUAUUGACCAACUCCAGAAAGAACUGCAAGAGGAACUUGAGAAGGAACGGCUGCUUAUGGAGGAUUUGAGAAUUGUUGCCAAUGAAAUUAAUGAGCUAGAUCUCCAAAGGAUUUCCAUUGAGGAGAGGAAGCCAAUUUUGAAGAAACUUGAGCAAAAUGGGCGGAAAGAACAGAUGAGUCUUUCGAUGUAUGCUUCUGUGACGAAGAUCAUCCCAAACUUGGAUGAUAGCUCCAAAAUUGCAGGGUAUAUUGUUGACAGGGAGAAAAGGGUGGUGGAUAAGUUUGAGUUUGACUCAACAAAGACGACCGCCUUUGACACGUGCACCAAUAUCUGGAGGAUGAUUAGUAACUCAUAGAUAUUAGACGGCAUUACAGCACGUCUACUAACUCUACAUUUAUCUGGCUGCCAGAGAUUCUGCUCAAGCUCCCCUUCAGGCAUCGUCUCUUCUUUUCAUUCAACAUGUAAAGGGUAAGGUGCAUGGCCUCCUUCAGGAAGAACCCGAUUGGAUUGUCCUGAUCUCGGGGGAUCGGUUGAUUCCUUUCUUUAUCAGUGAAAGUACUAACAGGAAUGAAGUGUGAUCAGUGUGUUUUUCUGUAUCAUAUGUGUGUUCUCGACCAAUCAGCACCGACCGUCGAACACUGUUGAGGUGGGGUAUGGGACUCCAUUGACCGCUUCACCGUAUUUCUGGGUAUUCCAUUCUAACAAACUGUGUCAAGGUUGGGGAAGAACUUGUACGUGCAAUCAGUCUUCUGUUUCAUCAGUGUGAUUCGUAUGGGUAGCUUUAGAAAUUUGUAGGCCUAUAGAGAUUUUGAAGUGGAUGCAAAUGCAGGUUUUAGUGUGUAUUCUUGUAAAUCAGACCGUGCUACCAUCUUUUGAGGUAAUCCAUGUUUAUUUAUUUAUUUUUUA